UAAUAUGAAACGGUGAAAAGCAAGAGAAACCGAAAAGGAAAACUUAGAAACUAGUCCUAGUCCUUCACGGCCAAAUCAAGUUGUCAACAAAAUGGCCGAUGGCGGGAUUUCUUGAAAAUGAGAAAAUCGUUGUGUAUGUUUCUACCAUAUAACAUGUAGAUCCUUAUAGAUGGCGGGUUUAUCAACUAGUAACCGAAAUGCUGAGAUGCUGGGAGAGCUGGUUGAACAGAAGGAAAAAGAGUGGAAAGAGGCACAAACUCUUCGCAUCAAAUCUUUAGAGGCCGCCCUGAAAGAGAAAGAAGGUCUUGUUAACAAUGAAAGACUACGUUUCCGAAAGCUCAAGGAAGACUUUGAGUAUAACCUCAAGCUAUUACAGGAGAGAGAUCAGGAGUUAGACAGAUAUGACGCUAUUUUUGCGGAGUAUAAAAGUGUUGGGAACACAAAAGAUGCAGAAGUGAGCGAUUUGAAGAUAAAGUUGGACGAUUUGCAGCAAAAAUUAAAGCAAGAAAAACAAAUACAAGAGGACCUUCAAGGGCAUUCUCGACAACGCAUGCAAGAGCACCAACAAGAACUCAAUCAGUUUCGGUUGAACAAAGAGUGGGAAGUAAAAAGAGAAAGAGACGAACUUGAGGGAUUCAAACGAGAGCUCCAACACCAACUAAGGGCAGCAGAAGAAGAUAUUGACACCCAGCGUCAGACUCUCAUAUCUGAUUUUGACGAUGCUCUUCACAAAAGAGAACAUGAGUUCCGCCUCAAAGCAGAUGAGAUGAGCAGCAAUCUACUAGCGGCUAAUCUCAAGGUUAAAAUGCUUACCAAAGAGCUAGAAAUAUUGCGAGCCCAUGAGGAGAAGACAAGAUCAGAACUCCAGUCAACUGAGGGAAAUGCAUCUGAACUCGAAAAGAAGCUGAAGCAGAAAGAGUGGGAACUUCAGGACGAGAGAAACAUGCACAGUGCAAAACAGUCAGACCUUGAGCUGCAGAUAGGCCAGUUGAAAGCAAGCAUGACGAAAAUGCAGGAGAUAUUCCAGCACAAGCAGGCUGAGUUAGACCGGUAUGCACGCCAGAAAGAGGCAGGACUGCUUGCUGCAAAAGAGACACAUCAUGCCAGGGAACAACAACUAGAGGAAAACAUCCGUGAGAUACAAUCCAGACUGGACACAGCAGAAGUUGAGUUUAGGAGAAUGGAAUGGGAGAACAAGGAUACCCUGAAAGACAAGGACUUGCAAAUAGAGAGGCUGCAGAGAAGCAUUUCAGAACUCAAUGAAAAGCUUUCAUACCAGGCUACUGGUUUCUCACGGUCUUCAGUUGCAAAGGACUUGGAGCUUGAGGCCCUAAGGCAGCAAGAUGAAAAACUACGUGCAGAUCUGAUACAGAGAACAGAAGAUGUUGAACGCUACAAGAAGGAGCUUUCUCUAGCAGCUGAGCGCGAGUCUGGUCUGGAGCGCUCCAAGGCGCAGCUAGAAUUCGACUGGCAGCGACGUUGUGAUGACGCGGAGAGGAACGCUUACACAAGACAGGAAGAGCUCAUAAAGAACUUGACAAGGACCAAAAAUGAGGCAGUCGCUAUUUCAAAAGAAAGGGAACGCGAGCUACAGCAGCGCGAAGAUCUCAUUCGAAUCCUGACAGAAACUAGAGACCAGGCACAUGCAACGCUACAGCGACACGGCCUAUCUAUACCGAGUCAUCUUCCUAGCAAAGAACGGCCUGGGGGGACUGCAGAAUCUGAUCCAAACGUUACGAGUUUACAAGAGCAGAACCGCAACCUGAGGGACGUUAUACGGCAGAUGCGCAGAGAGAUGGAGGGCCUUAACGAGCAGCUUGCUACCCGACCCCCAUCAGUUAUGGAGCCUGCUAGACCCGAGGGAAGCGACGAAUCGGUGCCUUUGACUCCAGAGUACGUCAAGUCACUUGAGUCCGAAAUCCGAGAACUCAAGUCUAAGAAUAGGGCUUUAUCCCAACGCCUAGAGGAGCUACCGCUGACCCGUAAGCCCCCUCCGAGUAAAGAGAGCAAUUUGCGAGAAAUUUUCGGACAUGCUCCUGUGACCCAGGCCCCACCGGACACCAGCUCGAGGUUACAGAGCAAGCUGAAGGUAGCUGCGAAGCACAUAGCUCAGCUCGCGCGGGAGAAAGAACAAUUGAUUCAGAUGAGUAACCGACUCCGUGCAGAACUCGCAAAACUAAGAGAAGGAGGAUCCCCUGAGACUGUCUUUCACCCGUCCCCACCCUUUGUUGGGUCUCGCCGUCAACAAAACGUCACAGCGCACCAGAUGGCGGACAAUAUACAAACUCAACUUGGCGCCAUGGAGAAACUACAGUACGCACUCACCUCGCACGAGCUACAAGUCGCGCAGCGCAUGCGCGAGCAGCAGACUGCCGCUGCAGGGCACGCCAGAGUGACUAUGGGCUCAAGUAGUAGUGACUCCUCGGAUGAGCUGGGUACCGCGCGACCUGUUGGACCUAUUGGUGAGUACGUCUGGUCAGCCCAUCUCGAUAGAACAAUUGGAUUCUCCUGUCAUAUGGGACCUAUUGCGGCCAAACCAGACCCAACGAAACCAUACAACAAACCAGCUGCACCAAGGCGCAUGCCCUGGGCAGACAAACCGCUGCCCGAAUCUGAGACAUCACCGCGGCGGCCUCUUAAUCUUGAGUCCGAAGUACCCUCGAGUCAGCGGACAUCAUCUCCGCGCCGGGAUCAGGCUUAUAUGACAUCAUCAUCAGAAGGUCACGCCUCUCUACAAGAAAUCUGGAAACUUCUUGACGAGGAGGAGAGCUUUCGCAGCCUAUCGCCCGUAAAGCAGAGACCGCACAGAACCCAGUCCUUAGAUCACGUUCCUGUUCGAGAGGAGUCUGGGCACCACGGUCUUCCUGACCUCGGGGAGUCUGGGAGCGAUGGAUUUACAUUGAAGAGAAAAAAGGCUGAAAUCGACGAAAAGGGCGCGCCGCAGAAGCCUUAUCUCUCGCGUAAAGCCUUAGGAAAGGUUAAACCUGCGGCACGACAGGGAUCCGCAAUGAAAAUAAGAAACUAUAAUGUACGGGAUGACCGCCAGUGGACUGGGACUAGGGUCCAGAAAUAACAGUGUAAGGUAGGAAAUGCAUUUGUACAGCUACAUUUUAUUUAUUUUAUUUCAAUGUUAUUUAAAUUGUGUUCAUAUAUUUUUAUUAAAAUGCUGUAAAUAAUGUUCUAUAUUUUAUUUCAUUUAUACUUACUGGGGAUUAGCUUCUGAGUACUUUUCCUUAAAAGAUGAAAAAUAGUAUAGUAAAGCAAGAUGAAGAAAAAUGUAUUCACAAAUGACUUCGUAAUAAAAAAUAUGCUAAAAAAAGCCAGAGAGAAAUAAAUUUCGAACUAUCCUUUAUAAAA